UUGCACUGGUCAGUUCACGCGAAUAAUGCAAAGCUAUCAGAUGUAUCUCAUUUAAAAAACAAACGUCCAAACGGUAAAUUCACAACGGAAAAGAUGAUACAAUCAGCAUCCACAUCAACGAACCUAACGUCAGUGCGUUCAAUUUUCAAAAGCCUUUUAUAUUUGGCAAUUGGUUUAAUUAUUGGCAUAGAAUUUACACUGGUCGUAUUUAAUCAAACGGAUCAAUGUCAUAGAAUUAUAACGAUACAGGAAACACCCCCAAAAGUAAACAACGAAGGGAGUCCCAUAUCAGAUCCUGCAGUUUUCCAACAAAAUAUUUGGAAGAAUGAUGCUAAUGAACAAAACUCCGACGACAAUAUUAUUGAGUAUUUGUUCAAUACCACCCGAGUCCUCUGUUGGAUAAUGACUCAACCAGAUUAUCACCAGAGUCGAGCCAUACACAUUCGUAACACAUGGGGACGCCGCUGCAAUACUCUGCUCUUCAUGAGCUCACAAUCUGAUGAAACAUUGCCCAGCAUUGCAUUGCCCGUUGAGGAGGGACCCGAUCACUUGUGGAACAAAACAAGAUUGGCUCUAAAAUACAUUUAUGAUUAUCAUUUAAAUGAUGCCGACUGGUUUUUAAAAGCUGACGAUGAUACUUAUGUGGUUAUGGAAAACCUUCGUAUGUUUCUGCAUGGAUAUUCUGCAGACGAUCCUCUAUAUUUCGGAUGCAAGGUGAAAAGGCCAGAAGAACCUGAAUUUAUGUCCGGUGGUGCUGGUUAUGUUCUGAGUAAACAUGCAUUGGUGAAAUUCGCAAAUGAAGCUUAUAACAACAGUGAACUUUGUGAUCAAUUGGAAACUGAUGAAAAUAUGGGUCUGAGUAAAUGUUUAAGAAAUAUCGAUGUUAUUGCCGGAGAUUCUAGAGACGACGAGCUUAAGGAACGUUUUAUACCCUUAGCUCCGAUACAUGUUAUUCCCGACUUCAAAAUGGAAUGGUAUGACAGCGAUAUUUACCAUUCGGCAAAUGAAACUGUCAGUUGCUGCUCACCCUAUGCUGUAUCUUUUCAUUACACAGAUUGGCGAGAAUUUUAUACACUAGACUAUUUGUUAUACUCUCUAAGGCCAUUUGGUGUAUAUUCGAAUGUAUCGUGGAAAUUGCCAGAUUCAUGGGAGAUUAACAAUGAAGUUAUUUAGAAAACUUUACUCAGUUCAAUCUACAGCGAAGAUUUAAUUAUGUACCCAAUAUAUGUGUGGGCCACCCGCACUAAUACACAUACAAUCAACAUUCUUUUAGGAAAAUAUAUUUUGUGUGGGAAUCACAAUGUUGAAACGUUGUUAUAAACAAAACAAUUAUUUAAUAUUAUAUAAUUUAUAUAAAAAACAAGUAAAAAAGCAGUAAG